GACACCAUUGUUAGAUUUACCACCCUCAAUGGACAGGAAGUCGGAAGACUACCAAAAGAUGUAUCGAAAUACGUUGCUAGACUUUUAGAUCGAAAUAUGUGUACAUUUAAGGGCAAGGUUGUCUAUUGCUCGCCUGUCCUCACAGUAGGCGAAGACAUCAUUGUCCAGCUUAAUUGUUAUUUCUCUGCGUCUGCUUUUAAGGACAAAGAACCUAAUAACCCUUCAAACCUGUUCUUCCAACCAGUAUCAAUGCGCACAAAAGAAACAGACGAAAAAUACAGUAGAGAUGGAGCAUUGGCCUUAUUAGGAAUCUUGCGUGGGGUUGGAUUAAGACCAUCGAGAUCGGCUAUAAAGACCAUGGCUACAAAUGGGGACGAAUCUCAAAUACGGGAUCUGAUUGAACAAGCAGUAUCUACAAUGGAUCAGCCUGCUACCGAAGAAAAAGAGAAAGGAGUCGAAGAUUGCGAUGAAGAUGAUGAUAAGAAAGAAGUGACAGAUGGGCAAUUGGAUACAAUUUAUGAAAAAGCUCAGAUGUUUGAUGCCCAGAUACAACCAAUGGAUGAGCCAGAAAGCAUGUCAUUGUGUCUAAAACCAUAUCAAAAAAGAGCCCUUGCUUGGAUGUCUUUGAAAGAGUCGACAACCUAUGAGGAUGGUGAUGUAGAUAUGAGGGCUAUGCACCCACUCUGGGAAGAAUAUAUAUUUCCGACAGACCCUGACGCACCAGAUAAUGUCACAAGGCACUUUUAUAUGAACCCUUACUCAGGUGAAUUAAGUCUUACAUUCCCAGAAUCAAAUUCAAGAGAAAGGGGAGGCAUUUUGGCAGACGAAAUGGGAUUGGGCAAGACUAUCGAGAUGCUCAGUUUGAUCCACGCAAAUCGAUUCAAACCUGGUAUGCUCGUUCCCACACCCAAGAAAUCAAAAUCACCUACGACACUCGUUGUUUGUCCAAUGACCCUGCUAGCACAAUGGAGAGAUGAAAUGAUACGUGGAUCAAAGCCGGGUACACUCACAGUUGAUGUAUAUUAUGGCGACGGGCGAAAUUCGGGGACGAGAAGUGUGUUUAACGCCUGGGAUGGCUCAGCGCCUGAUGUGCUGGUAACCACAUAUGGUACAGUCAUGUCAGAGUGGGAGAAACCAGACAGUAAGCUAUUCAACAUCGAGUUUUGGCGUGUCGUAUUGGAUGAAGCCCAUCACAUUAAAAACCGCCAAAGCAAAACCUCCCAAGCAUGCUGUGCCCUGAAAGCACAAAGAAGAUGGGCAUUAUCUGGCACACCAAUUCAGAACAAACUAGAGGAUCUAUUCUCUCUUGUAAAAUUCCUCAAACACGAGCCAUGGUCAAAUUAUACAUUCUGGCGAACAUUCAUCACAAUUCCUUUCGAGAAAAAGGACCCUGGCGCACUUUCUGCAGUCAAGAGAGUGUUGGAGCCUAUUGUCUUACGACGCACCAAAGCCAUGCGAGACCAAAAUGGAGAUCCAAUGGUGUCUCUUCCAGAAAAGAAGAUCAAUAUCGAGUACCUUGAUUUCACACCACAAGAACAAGAAAUCUAUGACUCACUUUACAAAGAUUCAAAGACGAAGUUUUCCUACUAUUGUGCUUCUGGAAAAGCGCUCAGCAACUAUGCAAGUAUCUUUCAGCUUCUGAUGAGACUUCGACAAGUAAGCUGCCAUCCAUCUCUUGUCCUUAAUAGCAAAAAGAGUGGCGAGAAUAGCGAAAUCAUGACCGAGAACGGGGGAAUAGUUUCAUUAGAAGAUUUAAUCGAAAAAUACAGUAAAGAUGGGGGAGAUGCGCCUGUCAAAGAGACCCCGUCUUACAGCGUCGGUGUGUUGCAAAACUUGUUGAAUCGGACGGCAAUGGAAAUUGAUAACGAGUGUCCAAUAUGCUUCGAGAUAGUGGAUUCAAUGAUUAUGUUAAAGUGUGCGCACAUGGCAUGUCGACCAUGUGUUAUGGAUUAUCUCCAGAAACUUGAGGAUUCUGGUGUUCCGGGAGAAUGUCCCAUCUGUAGGCAAGGGCCUGUAAGCCAGGAUGACCUUCUUGAAGUAUCUCAAGUACAAAAAGAAUCCGGUCAGGUAUCAGACCAGGAUGCACAGAACGGUGCAUACUCCGCCGCUGUUAAUGUUCGCCGUGCAGUGGGUGGAUACAAACCAUCUACAAAGAUUAACGCGAUGCUAUCUCACAUACGUCUCUAUCAGAGUGAAGGACGAAAGACUGUCGUAUUUUCCCAGUUCACCAGUUUCUUGGACAUAAUCCAGAUCGCACUACAAGAAGCCAAUAUCUCCUUCGCACGCUUGGAUGGGUCUCAAAGUCAAGCUCAGCGCGAAAAGGUCCUAUCGAACUUUUCUUCUGAAAACAAGGAACAAAAGACAGAUGUGCUUCUUAUCAGUCUAAGAGCAGGUGGUGUAGGCCUCAACUUGACAUGCACUAACCGUGUGCUUCUUAUGGAUCCCUGGUGGAACUUUGCGGUCGAAGCACAAGCAAUUGAUCGUGUGCACAGGUUGGGUCAAACAAAGGAUGUGGUUGUGACCCGUUUCAUUAUGAAGGAUACAGUAGAAGAACGAAUUCUAGAGAUCCAAGACAGGAAA